AUGCCGUCCGAGGUGCCAACGGUCGCGUUUCAACGUCUGAAAAAGGAUUACCAGCGACUUUUAAAAGAACCAGUUCCAUACAUGAAAGCGGCGCCGCUGGAAUCGAACAUUCUCGAAUGGAGAUACAUUAUCAUUGGAGCGCCAAAGACUCCGUACGAGGGUGGGAUUUACCAUGGAAAACUUCUCUUCCCAAAGGAUUUCCCAUUCAAACCACCAGCGAUUCUCAUGUUGACACCGAGUGGCAGAUUUCAGGUGAUUACAGUCAACACCCGUCUGUGUCUCUCAAUCUCUGACUACCACCCGGAUACGUGGAAUCCAGCAUGGACGGUGUCCACAAUUAUCACUGGAUUGAUGUCGUUUAUGAACGAUAAUCAGCCGACGCUGGGAAGUCUGAAUUCGUCGGAAUCCGAGCGACGUCUUCUGGCUAAAAAAUCGAAGGCAUUCAAUAUCAAAGACAAAGUGUUCUGUACGAUGUUCCCAGAAGAAGCGCAAGAGAUUCGAGACGAUAUUCAGAAAAUGAAUCAGGAAGAGCUGGAUAGUAUCAAGGACGAGGAAACGGCGAUUCGAAAUCGACGCAGAGGCGACGCAUCGCGCGGAGUACCCCGACUGUCGGCGUUGCUGUCCAAUAUGAUGAUGAUUGCAGGCGUGGCGGUACUUGCAUUUGCAGUUAGAUACGUGGUCCUAGCGGCUAUAAAUCGGUUGACAAAUGGUGAAAUGAGAUUCUAUAGGUUGAGUUUUCAGACAUAUCUACUAGUCGCCGGAGCGUUUUGCUCCAUCUGCACACUUGCCGUGAUUUUUAAUUGCGGUUGGGAGGAUAAUAACAACAUCGCUCUCGCUUCCACCGCUCACCUCUCCGAAACAUUCCUCUUCGUCUCAGUGCUCUCAUCUCCAAAUGAAACAGAACGUCGUCAGAAUGUUCGAGAAACGUGGUUCCGACUUUCAGCGAAAGGACCGUCCGUUUUUAUAGCGAAAUUUGUAGUUGGAACGAUGGGAUUAGACUCGGAAGAGAGGAAAAUUCUAGAAGAGGAGAACGCGAAAUUCGGCGAUUUGUCGUUUCUAAAGAGACACGAAGAAGCAUACGAUAAGUUGGCGAAAAAGACGUUGUUCAGUUUUCAGAAUGCGUAUGAUAAUUUUAAAUUCAAAUUUUUCUUGAAAACCGAUGCCGAUUCCUUUGUCCGUAUCACUCCGCUUAUCAUGAAUCUAAAAACUGUGCAACAUCCAAUGCUUUAUUGGGGAUUUCUCGAUGGAAGAGCCAAACCAUUCAGGAAGGGAAAAUGGAAAGAGCCAGAAUGGAAUCUUUGUGAUCGCUAUUUACCCUACCAGCUCGGCGGUGGCUACAUCCUUUCCUACGAACUCGUCCGCUUUCUUGCCACCAACGCCCCUCUAUUCCGGAUCUACAAAAAUGAAGAUGUCUCUGUGGGGGCGUGGCUCGCCGGACUGGACGUAAAAUACGUCCACGACCCCAGAUUCGACACAGAAUGGACGUCUCGUGGAUGCAGCAACGAGUACUUGAUCACUCAUAAACACACGAUGCAAGAAAUGACACAAAUGUACGAGAAUCUCAAGACGACUGGCAAACUCUGCGCUAAAGAAUUCCAUUUUUGCAGACGCCGUCUCUCGUACGUCUACGACUUCUCGAAACCGCCAAGCGAGUGUUGUACAAGAGUCAAUGGCACCAAUAUUCCAUAA